UACAUCCUGUCAUCCAAAACGGUGUAAAGACGGAAUACCCCACAGUCAGGCUAAGCGUUACAGGAGAAUUAUAUCCGACGACGACGUGUUCUCUACUUCACUGAGCAAACUACGAGAAUUCUUCAUAAGUAGAAAUUUCCCUGAGACGGUUAUAGAUUCAGCGUUUCUUCACGUGUCACAGAUGUCACAAGAGGAUGCCUUACGGCCACAAGAUAAAGAAAAGAAAAACGUUCUUCCAUUUAUUGUGACAUAUAAUCCGUCCUUACCUAAUAUUGGAAAUACUAUUCAUAAAUAUUGGGACCUACUAAAUCUGUCAAAAAACGAAGGUGUUAAAAAUAUUCACAAUAACUACACACCCAUAAUUGCCUAUAAACGUCCAAGAAACUUACAAGACUUUUUAGUUAGAUCUAGAUUUGAUACUGACAGUGACUUUACAUCACAUUCUGGAGGUUGUUGUAGAAAACGCUGUUCUCAUUGUGUUCGUAUUAAUAGUGGUACGUCAUUUUACAGUUCAAAUACAGGAGAGAUAUUUGACUUACGUCAACAUACUAACUGUCAAACCAAGAAUUGUAUAUAUUUGAUAACAUGUAAAAAAUGUAGCAUGCAGUAUGUUGGUCAAACCAAACAACCUGUGUCUAAACGAAUGAAUAGCCAUAAAUUUGAUAUA